UUUAUUUAUUUAUUAUGACCUCUACCCCUGCAAAUAAAAAACAAACCAAAGGUAAAAGUAUCACUGACUUGGUUGCCGGUGGUACUGCUGGAUUAUUCGAAGCAUUAUGUUGUCAUCCUUUAGAUACCGUUAAGGUAAGAAUGCAAUUAUAUAAAAAAUCUGGUAAAAAACCUCCUGGUUUUAUCAGUACUGGGAUUAACAUUGUUCAAAAGGAAACUUUCUUAUCUCUUUAUAAAGGUUUGGGUGCAGUUGUAAUUGGGAUUGUUCCAAAGAUGGCUUUACGUUUUUCUUCCUAUGAAUUUUAUCGUUCUUUAUUAUAUAAACCAGAUGGUUCAAUUACUACUUCUUCUACUUUUCUUGCUGGGGUUGGUGCUGGUAUAACUGAAGCAGUCAUGGUUGUGAAUCCUAUGGAAGUUGUUAAAAUUCGUUUACAAGCUCAACAUCAUUCAAUGGCCGAUCCUUUAGAUGUUCCUAAAUAUCGUAAUGCUCCUCAUGCUGCCUAUGUGAUUUGUAAAGAAGAAGGUUUUAAAACAUUGUACCGUGGUGUUUCUUUAACUGCUGCUAGACAAGCUACUAAUCAAGGGGUUAAUUUCACCGUUUAUUCUAAAAUUAAAGAAUAUUUACAAGGUUAUCAUAAUACCGAAGUCUUACCUAGUUGGGAAACCUCUUUAAUCGGUUUGGUUAGUGGUGCUUUGGGUCCCUUAUCAAACGCUCCUUUGGACACUAUUAAAACUAGAUUACAAAAAACUACUUAUGCUUCAAAUGAAUCAGGUUUAGUUCGUAUUGUUAAAAUCGGUAAUCAAUUAAUUAAAGAAGAAGGUAUGGCUGCCUUAUACAAAGGUAUAACUCCAAGAAUUAUGAGAGUGGCUCCUGGUCAAGCCGUUACUUUCACUGUUUAUGAAUUCAUGAAGAGAGUCUUAAGUGGUGAAACUGAAAUUCCAGUAGUGACCCAAACUGCUAAAAAAUUAAAGGAAUAAUUAAUUUUCUAAAUAAAGUUAAAAAUAAAAUCAUUGAUUUAUUUUCAUCCACGUAGCUUGCCACGUACUCUAGUCUGUUAAUUAAUGCAUAGUUGAUUGUCUAUUGACUAAUCGCAUAGUUGAUAUUGGCUACAAAUAUUCAUUUAGACUGACCUCUUGGCUCCCUCAGAAAAACUUUAUCAAAAUCUGGGGAAAUUUAAAUACGUCAACAUUUUGUGCUCGGAGUUUGAAAUGACUCCUGCAGUAGUGUCCGCAUCAGCAUGUCUCGGCAAUUGCCUACUGUGCUUACUCUACUGUACAUACUCUACUUACUAUACUACUCUACUUACUAUACUACUCUACUUACUAUAUUUACUAUACUUAGACUAUGUACUGAGAGUUUAC